AUGGCAGAUCGGCAGGGCCCGCCGACUUCCAAGAGACCGAGGAUCAAUAGCGUCAGGGCGAGGGUGACGACCCUUUAUACCCACGCACCGCAGCCCCGGUGGAUCCUGGACUCUGCCGCUACCAGCCACAUCCGCUGGGACCGGAGCUGUUUUACCAGUUUGCGGCCCCACCGCGAGGUGUUGGACGCGGCGGGCGAUCCAGUAGAAGCCGAAGGGAUUGGUACGGUGAAGCUCACGCUCCGGGGGAAGUUUAACCAACCCCUGGUGUUGAAGAACGUGUACUUCGCGCCACGCGUCGGGAUGAACCUGAUCAGCGUGCCGAAGCUACUACGAGACCGCUACUCGGUGGUGGCGCACCCGUAG